AUGAAGACGAACACCAGAGGAAGUGCUUCAGCCAACUGCGAUGGUUCGCGAUCCCUCUUCUGCCUUCGUGAUGCCUUUCCCGCCCUCGCUGGUUCACGAUUCUUCUUCCGCCCUCAAUGGUUUGCGGUGUUUUUGUCCCUUGCGUGUUUCAAGCGCCUUGCUUCAAGGACGCUUUCGGUGCCCGCACACGGGCACUGUUUUAGCGCCCUCGUCAACUUGGCUAUGAAUUUAUGUUUACAUUUGCAGCUAUAUGCAAUUGACCCAAGAACUAGAAUGGUGUUGUUCAAAAUGUUGAAUCGUGGAAUUUUUCAAAAUAUUAAUGGUUGUAUUUCUACUGGUAAAGAGGCAAAUGUGUAUCAUGCAACAAGGGCUGAUGGCCAGGAAUUGGCAAUCAAAGUGUACAAAACUUCUGUUCUUGUUUUUAAGGAUCGAGAUCGAUACGUGCAAGGUGAUUACCGAUUCAGACAUGGAUAUUGUAGGCAUAACCCAAGGAAAAUGGUAAAAACUUGGGCUGAAAAAGAAAUGAGAAACCUUAUGCGAUUACGGGCAGCUGGGAUCAGAUGUCCAACUCCGUUUCUUUUGAGGCUUCAUGUUUUGGUUAUGGACUUCAUCGGUAAAACUGGUUGGGCUGCUCCUCGACUAAAAGAUGCCAAUUUAUCUGAAGACAAGCUGCGUGAAAGCUACCUUGAGAUUAUUAUGACAAUGCGGACAUUGUACCAAAAAUGCAAGUUGGUGCAUGGAGAUCUUAGUGAGUAUAACAUACUGUAUUUUGAGGGGCACUUAUACAUUAUUGAUGUUUCUCAGUCAGUAGAUCUUGAUCAUCCCUCUGCAUUAGAUUUUUUACGUGAGGACUGCCUCCAUGUUUCAGAUUUCUUUAAGAAACAUGGUGUUACUGUCAUGUCAGUUAAAGAACUAUUUGAUUUUAUUAUUGAUACAGCCAUUGGUGAAGACGAUGUUGAUGAUUACCUUGAUAAGGCACAGCAGAAAAUUAUGGAGAGAGGAGACGUGGCAGAAGAUGAUUCUGUUUCACCAACCGUCUACGUUCAGGACUUGUCGGUUUCCAUUGAAGGUUUUGUUUUGAGUUCUCCAUCGAUCGAGCUCCUCGUCUAG